AUGGAGGGCCAACAACUUAUACUGUCCACGGCUAGACCAUACGCCUUCAAAUACGAGCCUGAACACACAGCUUUGGUCAUCAUCGAUGUACAGCGCGACUUUGUCGACCCAAACGGCUUCGGUGCCAUCCAGUGCGGUAAUGACGAGAUCUUCAGUUCAGUCCGGAGCAUUGUACCGGCCAUCAAAAGUGCUCUUGGUGCUGCUAGGAAACUCGGACUCCAUGUCAUUCACACUCGGGAAGGGCAUCGACCCGAUCUCUCAGAUCUCGCAGCCACAAAACGCGAUCGCCAGAUGAAGGCCCCAAGUGGCCAUCAUACAAUUGGCAUUGGCGAUGAGGGACCGAUGGGCAGGCUGCUUGUGCAAGGAGAGUAUGGCCACGACAUCAUCGACGAGUUACGGCCACUCCCAGACGAACCCGUGAUUGACAAGCCCGGCAAAGGCUCAUUCUGGAAUACUACUUUACAUCGAACAUUGAUGGCUCGAGGUAUCACCCAUCUGCUCAUCUGUGGUGUCACAACUGAGUGCUGCGUCACAACAACUGCCAGGGAGGCCAACGACCGAGGCUUCGAGUGCUGCAUUCUGACAGAUUGCACCUCAGGCUUCAAUGCCGUCUCUGUGGAUGUCUCCCUCAACAUGUUCUGCUCUUAUGAUGGCCUCUUCGGCUUCGUUGCAAAGAGUGGCGAAUACGCCAACACCUUGGGACGCAGUCUGGAUAUGGCUUCACUCGCACCGCAUAUACGAAGCAGGAAAAUGCCCCUUGGUGAGCUAUAUCGCAAGGUAAUGAUUGCUGCGGCAGCCUCGGACAGUCGCAUUUGGACCUUCCUUCGUUCUCGAGAUGAUGUACUUGCCGAAGUGACUGCUUUGGAGCGCAAGUACAUUGACAACGAGUUGCUGCCGCCGCUGUAUGGCAUUCCAUUUGCAGUCAAGGACAACUUCGAUUUCAAAGGACUACCGACCGAGGCAGCCUGCGUUGAAUACCGCUACAUGCCGACAGAAAAUGCCAAAACGAUCCAGCUCCUGAUAGACGCAGGUGCCAUCCUCAUCGGAAAGACCAGCAUGGAUCAGUUAGCUACUGGCCUCAACGGCUGCCGUUGCCCUUCAGGCGAUCCUGUCAGUGUUUACGGCAACGGUCGCUAUAUAUCUGGCGGCUCCUCGUCCGGCUCAGGCGUCGCAGUGGCAUCGAACCUGGUGACCUUUGCACUUGGCACGGACACAGCAGGCAGUGGACGUGUGCCCGCUGCAUUCAACGGCAUCGUAGGAUACAAGCCCACGAAGGGCACAUUGUCCGCACGCGGUAUUGUUCCGGCUUGCGCUAGCCUCGACACUGCCUCGAUUUUCGCCCAUGACAUCUCAGAUGCGCGGAAAGUCUGGUACGCAGCUGACCAAUACGACUGCGACGAUGCAUAUGCCAAGCCGCAGAGUACACUACCGCUGGUGCCCUCCAACUAUAGACCCAACCCACAUUUCACCUUUGCCAUACCUCCAUCGUCCAUCAUCGCCGACUCGUGCACUCCAGAGUACCGGACCGCGUUCGCAUCCACGGUUACCAAGCUUCGAUCCAUGGGCGGAACGCUCGUACAGCUGACAGCGGACCAAUACGCACCUUUCCAGACCGCCUCGGACCUGCUCUACUCAGGCACACUCGUGCACGAACGUAUCGCUAGCAUUGGUCCGGAUUUCAUUGCACAGAACCUCUACAAACUCCACCCAGCAACGCGUGCUUUGUUCUCAGCGGUGCUUGAACGACCUACCAAGCCUUACGAGAUCUACCGAGACCAGCACUUGCAAGCGCAGCUGACAAGACAAGCUGCAAGUUUGUUCUCGCCGCAUGAGGGGAAGAUCGAUGUGCUGGUGACGCCCACUACGACAUGCCACCCUACCAGAGAAGAGAUGGACGCAGACCCAAUCGGUCUUAAUGCGAAACUUGGUAACUUCACGCACUUCGGCAACGUUCUCGAUCUCUGUGCUGUGAGUCUGAAUGCUGGCUGGGUGGAGGGAAGCAGUGGUGCGGGCCAAAUGCCGUUUGGUGCAAGUCUGGUGUGCGCUUCAGGGCUAGACGGGAAGAUGUUUGACCUUGCAAGGCGGCUUGAGCGGUGCAUCGCUGCCGAUAGUAAGGCUUGA